AUGAAUAUUCGCACGCGCCUCCCCAAUCUUGUCAUUGAGACUGUUCGAAAACAAUUUCCGGGUCUCAAUAAAGGGUUGAUCUGCCUGAACAAUGGCUCUGGUGCUUUGGUUCAUAAAGGUGUCAUGGAGAGCCGCAUUGACGUUCGAGAGCGUGCGGCCCAAUACGUGAAGCUUGCGUCAUUCAUGAAUGCCGACCCUGACGAAAUUGCCUUUGGGCCUUCUACUACCGGGCUACUACGAACUCUGACCAAUUCUCUUCGUCCAAAUCUCAAUGCGGAUUCUGAAAUUAUUGUAUCCGUUCUUUGCCACGAAGCCGGCAUAACCGCGUGGGUUGCCUUAGCAAAGAGCUUGGGUAUAUCCAUCAAGUGGUGGGUGCCGGCUGGGGGAAUGGGCAACAACAGAGACCCGAAGCUUACGCUAGAAUCGCUCCGACCACUUUUGUCAUCAAAGACGCGACUUGUAUGUUGUGGGCAUGUGUCAAAUAUUACCGGAACUAUUGAACCCAUUCAAGAGAUUGCGGAGCUCGUUCAUACCGUCCCUGGGGCUUUAAUAUGUGUGGACGGAGUAGCCUGGGCUCCCCAUCGCCCUAUCGACGUUAGGAAAUUGAAUGUCGACUUCUACGUUUUUAGCUGGUAUAAGGUUUUUGGCCCCCAUAUUGCUCAGAUCUAUGCCAGACGGAAUGUUCAGCAGCGCUACUUGACGAGUCUCAACCACUACUUCCUGGAUUCGUCCUCUUUAGCCGUGAAGCUGGGCCUUGGCAACAGCUGCAUUGAGCUCGAACAUGCUCUGGUCCCCAUUAUCAAUUACCUCGUCGAUGAGGUUGGCUGGGAUUCUAUAAUUGCCUACGAGGAAGUGAUUACAAGAUAUCUUCUGGAUUAUUUGACGGCCAACCCGGAUCUUUACACUGUAUAUGGGUCGCGAACAUCGGAUCCAAAAACCCGUGUUGCCUUGAUCAGCUUUUCUGUGAACGGGCUCACUUCUGACAAGGUCGCGAACGAGAUUCACGAAAAAUCAAACUGUCGGCUACUUACUGGUGACUGUUGGUCUCCCCGUACAGUCCAUGAUAUUCUGGGACUGGCAGAUGACGGUAUCAUUCGCACAAGCUUGACCCAUUACAACACCUUGGACGAGAUGAAGAUAUUCACAAAAAAGCUCGACCAGGUAGUACAUGCCUUAAAACAAUGA